GAUUAAAUAUCUACUAAAUUAAACUGUAAUUGUUAAGGACAUGGAUGCUAAAAGUAAUUCAUUCAGAGCUUAUGUAACACCAGAUAUGUUAUGGUCGACACAUAAUGUCAGACAACUAAACAACAACAAUACGAAUGAGACAUUGAUUAUUGAAAAACCAAUAACAUCUGUAGACCGGUCGCCGCCAGUAUCGUUGUCGUCGGCAAGUUUGGCCAAAACAUCGGAUCAGUUAGUGAUGACCGAUAAUAAACGAGACAUCGAUAUUGAGGCCAACUAUUCAUUUGUUACGGCACCCAGUGGUGUCUUCACUGAUGUCGACGUUAGAAACGGUUUCAUCAGAAAAGUCUACGGACUGUUGAGUUGUAUAAUAAUUGCUACAACUGUUUGUGUGUCUCUUAUGUAUAUAUUUCUCAAAGAUAGGAUAAAUAUCAAACACUUAAAGGAUAUCAAUGACAACAAUGGUUUAGCAAUUGUAUUGUUUUUCAGUAUCAUGUCAGGACUCGUCGUAUGUGUUAUUCAAUAUGUUUUCUGUCUAUCAGUAUCUGCUCGAAGAUCAGUACCAAUCAAUUAUAUACUUUUGAUAAUAUUUACUAUAGCUAUGAGUAUAGUAGUUGGCAUUUUUUGCUGUCAAUAUAUCGGUCAGUCAAUUGUUACGGCUUUCAUCCUAACGACUGUUGUCGUACUGGUGGUCACACUAUUGGCCACCACUCCGUGGUUUGAUAUAACAAAUUGUGGACUUUUGUUAUGUAUGUUGGCUAUAAUCUAUUGCAUAAUGUCGAUUGUCAUAUUUAUGAUUGUCAUAUUACUUGAGGUAGACUACCGUCCCUGGGAGAUAGUCCUUGGUGUAGUUGGAUCGGUAGUAUUUUCACUGUUUCUACUAUACGAUACACAAUUGAUUAUCGGCGGCAAAAAAUACGAAAUGAGUCCCGAAGAGUAUGUCUAUGCAGUGGUCUGUCUAUACGUUGAUAUCAUUCAGAUAUUUAUUCAUAUUUUGCAAAUAAUUGCAUUUAUUACUGAAAUCUGUUUUUUUUGA